GCCGCCGCUGGCCGGAAGGUGCUCGAGGGCGUCUUCGCCAUCAACAAGCCGCAAUGGGCGUCGUCGGCCGGCGUGCUGCGCGACCUGCAGACCGAGUUCGCAACGGCGGAGCUCUUCCAGCCGUGGUUCGAGGCCACGCGCCGCCAGAUGCUGAUCUCCGGGUCCAAGAAGAAGCACAUGGACCAGCUGAAGGUCAAGCUCGGCCACGGCGGCACCCUCGACCCCAUGGCCACGGGCGUGCUGGUCGUCGGCGUCGGCAAGGGCACCAAGGAGCUCGGCAAGUUCCUCGAGUGCACCAAGAGCUACGAGUGCACCGUCCUGUUCGGCGCCGCCACCGACAGCUAUGAUGCCGUGGGCAAGAUCGUCAGCAGGGCCGACUAUGCGCACGUCACGCGUGAGCUGGUCGAGGAGAAGCUGGCCGCCUUCCGCGGCGACAUCAUGCAGAAGCCCAGCAUCUUCUCCGCGCUGAAAGUCGACGGCAAGAAGAUGUACGAGUACGCGCGGGAAGGGAAGGACAUCCCCGCCGUCCCCGCGCGGCCCGUGACCGUCGAGAAGCUCGAGCUGGUCGAGUGGCUGGAGCCCGGCACCCACGAGUACGCCUGGCCCAGCGAGGAGCUUGAUGAGGCAGGCAAAGCCGGCGCAGAGAAGCUGCUCGGCAUCCGCGCUUCAGACGCCGCCCAGCACCAGCGCAACGCAAAGCGCGGCCGCUCGCCCGCCAGCACCUCGGACCAGCAGUCCAAGAAGCCGCGCACUGAGUCUGAGCCUGCCCCGUCCGCCUCUGAACCUGCCGCUGCCACCGCCACCUCCGACCCCGCCCCGUCCGCCGAGUCCCACGCCCCCCAAAUCCCCACCGAAAUCGCCCAACACGUCGCCGCCGACGCGCCGCGCCCGCCCGCCGCCCGCCUGCGCAUGACCGUCACCAGCGGCUUCUACGUGCGCUCGCUGUGCCACGACCUCGGGCUCGCGUGCGGCUCGCUGGCGCUGAUGAGCACGCUGGUGCGCAGCCGGCAGGGCGCGUACGAGCUGCGCGGCGCCGACGUGCUGGAGUACGACGACCUAGGUAAAGGGAGCGGCGUGUGGCAGCCAAAGGUCACGGGCAUGCUGGAGCGGUUUAUGGAGCGCGAGGGCUGGGUCGCGGAGGAGGUCGAGGCGGACGAGGAGUGGGAGGCGCGGAAGAAGGAGGUGCUGGAGGCGCGGAGGGAGGGGGAUCGCGGGAGGAGUUACAAGGGCGGGAGGGGGAAGUAUAGGGGGGGUGGUGGCGGUGGGGGGAGGUAUAGUAAGGGGAUGGAUGGGGGG